AUGUUCACCCUCUCUCUCCUGAGCCGGGGACACGGGAAGUUGGUCCAGAACAAACAGAAGUUAGAAGUCUAUUUUGAACCAGAGGAUUACUUGAACUGGAAGUCCCCAGAAGAUUAUAUCCUGGUCAGCAAACCGCAGGAUGAGGGCAAUGCCGACCAGCACAUGUGGAGCCUCUUACUUCCUAAAACAUUCAGCACUAGAAAGGGCGCCCUGAUCCUCUACUCGGAAGGCUUAGCCAUAUCAGCACUGACCCCCAAAGAGAGGAGUAAAGGCCCCUACUGCCCCAAAGGCCACAGGAAGAGGCUGGAUCUUGAACUGCACACACUUCAGGACCUCAAAGAAGCCAUCCUGGCGUACGGAAGGAGACAGAGAGAGCAGGACAGGGCCUGGCAGCCAUACCUCCACUUCCAAAGCCAACCAGAGAGCCAGGGCCUACGGCGGACCCAGUCUGGGUAUUCAGCCAAGAGACACCUCCGUGGCCUCCUGCGGACGUGGCCCCCUGACACCAUGUACAGGCUCCAAUGUGCAGGAUACAUCAAGGAUUCUGUCCUGCUCCAGGAAAGUCAACUUAAUGUACCAAAGAAUCUCAGGCCACAACAGGAUCUUUUAGGUGUACCCCCCAAAUACCAUCUCCUGCCUGUCUUCCCUCCAUUUUGGAUUCAACCAGGAAAAUCUUUGGAACAAGGUCAGCAGGGCCUGGAUGAAGGGGAAGCUGGGGCUGGUGGACACAUGGACCUGGGCUCUGUAGCCAAGAACCAUGGCAGCCAGGGGACUCGCUUGCCACCACUCAGGAAGCAGCCCUGGCAGGAAGAUGAAACACAGGCAGAGGACACGUCAAAAGGGAAUCACCGUUGCAUCCACGCUUCAAAGGAAAGCCACCAUGAAAAAACACAGCAAACCUCCGGGAGGGCCCUUGGGCAUGCCCGCAUCGAUCAUUCUUGGCUCCUGCGUGACAAAUCCCACACGACAUUCUAUGGACGCGCCUUCCCCAACAGGAAGGCAGAUCUCAGCGACAAACAAGGGAAUAUGAAACUCCACCAGGGCAGAAGCAGCCACUUGUUCCAGGAGCCUCCUGCUGAAAGAUGUCUUUUCCCUCCUGUAGCAUCUGCCACGGGCUCAGAAAAAAACACAUCUGGAGAAGCGAGGAGGAAAAAGGCACCAAAGGCUUUGAAAUCACCUCCUAUCUCAGAGGAAUCAUCCAGAGUCCUGGACCCCCUGAGGAGUCAACUUAAAGCCAAUAAGCCCCCAGCAGAGCUCUUCAUCUUCCCCAUGAAGAUUCAUUUCCAUACCCAACACCCCCCAAAAGGAAAGGCACGAAGAAGAGGUGCUCCUGUUUCUGAGUCAGCACCAGAAACAGAAGAAGAGUCCAGGCCUUUAUGGAGGCCUCCCCUGAAGCAGGUGCCCCUGAAAAGACCAAGGGAAUUAACAGUACAUCUCCCAGUAGACACAGGGAGGGACACACUCUUGCCUCAAGAGGAUGAUGCUGCACCCCAGGCUGGCACUCCACCACUGUCCCUGACGGAAGGAAGAAAAGGUCCAGAGAGCCAGAGGGGCCUGGACAGCCCCAGGACAUCAGGCCACAGCAGCCCCAUGGGCCCCCACCAUGUGAGACGGGCCGGCGGGGCACUCCCAGCAGCAGGACAAGAAAAACCCAGAGACCCCACACUGGGACACUUCUUGCUGGGUCCAAAUGGAGAAAACAGCUGCCUGUCCCUCCCAAGGCCUACCCAAACCAAGGAGCUUCUGUCGGGUGAAGCCUGUGAAUCUGUCAAUUCAAAUACCAGCCGUGGAGAGGAGGAGUCUAGUAUUCAACAUCUUCUGAAAGCAAACACUGAAUCCAGAACUGAUCUUCGCAUGAAUCUUAAUGAAACCUCACCUUUGACCCAAAAGCCAGAGAAGCAGGGAGCCCAGCAGUCCUUGGAGGCAGCAGCUCAGAAGACAGGAGAGCCUCAAAGUUGUAUAAAUAAAGGGCCGAUAUGUUCAAACAGAAAAGAAUUUUACACGCGUAAGCUGCACAUCGACAUGACGCCGUUCCUGAAGGAAAGUGGAGAUGAACUGGACUAUCAUGAAGAACCUGGAGGACCCCUCAGAGAAAAUCACCCAGGCCCUCAAGACCCAGAGCGGAGGAGUAUGACCCUUGACCCUCUUAGUGCUUCCCUGGCUGAGCACACCCAGACCCCUGAGGCAGAUACUGUCCAAAAGGCGGGCAGAGAUUAUAAUGUGCACCAUCAACACAGAGGACUCCCAGGACAUGGGCCUGACUCCCCAGAGGGGCUGGAUCCUAUAGAUACAUCUCUUCUUCCAAGAGGAAAAGAAGGGAAGACUGAACCAAGACUGUUCAACCAGCAGACACCAACCAACAUCAGUCAUGAGAUAGAGUUGAUUGACAAAGCCAAGAGAAAGAGAAGAACCAAGACAGAUAAGUCCAAGGCACCCAAGAGGGAGAGAGAAGGAAAGCUCCGUGGGGAAGCAGAGGCUGCUGUUGGAAAGUCAAAGGAAUCAAAGGCUGAAAAGAAAUCAGAGCUAAUUCCCAAAGGAAAAAAACCUGGAGUCAAAAAGAAAUCAGAGCUAAUUCCCAAAGGAAAAAAACCUGGAGUCAAAAGGAGAAAGACACAGAAGGAAAGGAAUCCGGAAAUAGUAGCAGAGCUGAGUGGGCCUGAUGUCAUUAACUCUAAGAAAACUAAAGACACCUCAGAUGGAAGUUUCUUUCCUUCAGGCUCUGUUGUAGAGGACCCUUGGCUUUCUUCCAAAUUUGAUGCCCCUGAGAGCCAAGUUUCUAUAGUUGGAAGGUCAUCGCCCACCCAGACUGCAACUGUCCCUGGAAACAUGGAAUCUGAAGAAGAGGGAAGCCAUAAGGACCCUUCCAAGGCCCUCCUCGCUAAGAGGGAGCCAGAGAAAGCUUCCUGGGCCAGGCUGCGAGCAGAGAGGGCCGAGAUGAGACGGCUGGAGAUGGAGAGGAAGAGAAGGCAGCAGGAGCACCUGGAGCGGGCAGAGAAGAUGAAGGAGGAGCUGGAGCCGCGGAACCGCGCGCAGGAGAUCCGCUUUAGGAAACAGACACUCGAGGAAGAACAGCAGAGGCAGGAGAAGGAGGAGAAAGAGCAGUGGCUCCAGUUGCAAAUGGUCCAAGAGAGAGCUCGGCAGCAACAGGAGUUCUGGAGGAAGCUGCAGGAACUGCAGAGAAAGAAGCAGCGGGAGGAAGCCAAGAAGGCUGAGGCAGAGAAGCAAAGGCAGAAGGAAUUGGAAAUGCAGUUAGCAGAAGAACAAAAGCGCCUGAUGGAAAUGACUGAAGAAGAAUGGCUGGAGUAUCAGCAGUGGAAACAGGAAGCAGAAGAGAAGGCUCGGCUGGAAGCAGAGGACAGACGGCGAAAGGAAGAGGAAGCAGCAAGGCUGGCUCUGGAGGAAGCCAUGAAACAAGUCCAGGAACAAGCCAGGCAAAAAGCUGCUUUGAAGAAACAUCUUCAUUUCCACCAAGAACUCUGUAAGGAAGCCAAUGGCCUACAGUGGACACAGAACAUUUCCAGACCAUGGGUCUAAUCUUACUUCCAGUUCCUACAAAUACCAAGACCUUAA